AUGGAGUUAGACGUUUCGCAGAGCUCCCCGACAGACGGUCAUGGCCUCACUCUCGAGCACUCCAUAUCCUCACCGUCCGCCUCCACCUCCUCCUCCGAUUCCUACACGCCAGUGCAAACCCAACGCGCGAGGCCCAUCCGCGCGUCGUCCUCCGCCUCCGACGGCGCGGGCGAACUCUCCCUGACCGACGGAGCGCGGCGGCGGAGUAGGAGCGGGGCGGUCGACGCGGAGAAGCUGAGGGAGAGAGAGGCUAGAGAGAGAAAGGAGGAGGUCAACCGGAAGAUCGCGUCGCAGAAGGCGGUAUCGGUGAUCCUGAGGAGGGAGGCCACCAAGGCCCUGAUCGAGAAGAAGCGCGGGCCGACCAACUCGCGGAAGCUGCUCCCGAGGACUGUCCUCGAGGCUCUCCACGAGAGGAUUACGGCUCUGCGAUGGGAGUCGGCGCUCAAGGUUUUUGAACUGUUACGUGAGCAGCUCUGGUACAGACCAAACCCUGCCACCUAUGUUAAGCUAAUUGUCAUGCUUGGGAAAUGUAAGCAACCUGAAAAGGCUCAUGAGCUCUUUCAAGCUAUGAUAGAUGAAGGAUGUGUUGCCAAUCAUGAGUCGUAUACAGCGCUUUUAUCUGCUUAUAGUAGGAGUGGUCUCUUUGACAAGGCAUUUUUGAUCCUUGAGCAGAUGAAGAGCACCAGAGGCUGUCAGCCGGAUGUCCAUACUUAUUCUAUCCUUAUAAAAUCAUGCCUGCAAGUUUUUGCAUAUGAUAAAGUGCAGGAUUUGCUUUCUGAUAUGGAAGCUGAAGGCAUUAAACCCAACACGAUCACUUACAAUACCCUAAUUGAUUCUUAUGGGAAAGCAAAAAUGUUUGCAGAGAUGGAAUCAAGAAUAGCAGAAAUGCUACGUCAACCAGACUGCGAGCCUGAUGUUUGGACCAUGAACUCUACACUUAGAGCCUUUGGCGGCAGUGGACAAAUAGGAACCAUGGAGAAGUGUUAUGAGAAGUUUCAGAGUGCAGGAAUACAGCCCAAUAUUAGAACAUUCAAUAUUCUUCUGGAUUCAUAUGCAAAAGCUGGAAAUUAUGAGAAAAUGAGUGCGGUGAUGGAAUACAUGCAGAAGUACCAAUACUCCUGGACGAGUGUGACAUACAAUGUUCUGAUAGACGCAUUUGGGAGGGCUUGCGAUUUAAAACAGAUGGAACAUUUGUUUAGGCUAAUGCAGUCAGAGAGGAUUAAGCCAAACUGUGUCACACUUUGUUCACUUGUAAGAGCAUAUGGACAAACUGGGAAAGCUGAUAAAAUUAAAGGUGUUUUGCGGUUUAUAGAUAAUUCAGAUGUAAUGCUAGAUACAGUGUUUUUUAAUUGCUUAGUGGAUGCUUUUGGGAGGAUGGAAUGCUUUGCAGAGAUGAAGGAUGUGCUUGAGAUGAUGAAGCAAAAAGGAUGUAAACCAGACAAAAUUACAUAUAGAACCAUGGUUAAAGCCUAUUCAAACAGUGGAAUGAUGAGCCAUGUGAAGGAACUACAAGCUCUCUUUGAAUCGCGGUGGAAAAGUUCAACGGAAGAUGGAGAAGUCUAGCUUACAGCGAGAAAUUUUCAGAGUUUUACUGAAGCAUAAAACUGCAUCAUAAAAGUAAAGUUGAUCUUGGAGUAGCAGCUGUGGAGUGCUUCUCCAGUUUCUGUGCAAUUUUAAGGCACAUCAAGCUUCCGCAAUUGAUCUGCUUCUUGGAUUUUUCUCGAUGACGACUUGAUUUAUUUCUCACAAGACCUUUUAUGUAAGAGAGUGUUCAAAUCUAUUAUUGGAUUUGGGUCCUUACCAGAACAGAGAGAAGUAUGUCGAUUUUGCUCAAGAGACGGAGCAGAACAAGUGGAGACGCUCUAAAAUAGCCCUGAGAUAGCUAUGGAGAGCACUGAUCAGACAACACUGUAUGUGGAGCCAUGGUAACUCAUUCGUUGUAGCUAUAGGCAGUUAUAGCCUACUCUUUGAGGCAUUUUUGGAUAAAAAUCUGAGCAACUGAAAGGCGAAAAUCUUAUACUUUCUGUGGUAAAUAUCAUGCACACUCCUAACUUCUUCUAAACUUUGGAAUCUCCAAUGACCUCUGAAAAGAGAAAUCACAUGAAGGUUGUUCAUUCUUUAUAAGGCAUGAGGCUUUUGUAUCA